AUGGGCAGGAGCUGGGUCCUGAGAAGGGGACGGACAGGACUAUUUUCGGUGGGCAGUGCCACAGAACAGCAGAGAGGAAAGGGGCAGCACACCAAGUUGGACCACGGAGGGGACUUUGGACAAAGCUCUGAUCUUCUGAAGCAUCAGAAUAUAGACACGGCCGGGAAAUCCUAUCUAUCUUCACAUGGCGGGAGCAGCUUGAUUCCCACCCAGGCCCUUGUAACCCAGGAGGGAGUUUACGCGGGACCGGGAAGCACAAAAUGUUCCCACUGUGAUAAAAGCUUCAGCUGCGCUUCAAGUUUCAAGGAGCUUCUGAGCAUCCAUUGCGGACCAUCUUCGUUUAACUGCUGCUACUGCGGCCGAAACUUUGGAUCUGGUCCAGUCUUGCAGGAGCACGUCCGCGCGCACGCGGGAGAGAGACUGUAUAGGUGUCUGGACUGUGGAAAGAGCUUCAGCCAGAAGCACUACUUGACCAUCCAUGAGAGGCUGCACAGCGGGGAGAAACCCUACAAAUGCAUUCACUGCGGGAAGAGCUUCCCGGAGCGAUCCAGGCUUCUUAUCCACGAGAGGAUCCACAUGGGCGAGAAUCCCUUUGUCUGCUCCGAGUGCGGGAAGGGGUUCAACCAGAAGGGGAAUCUCAUGACCCACAUGAGGCUGCACACGGGAGAGAAGCCGUACAAGUGCGCUCACUGCGAGAGGCGUUUCAGCCAAAAGGCAGGCCUUAGUGCCCACGAGAAAACCCACAUAGGUCUGAGGAGGACAUUUUAGCCCAGGCCUGGGCUGGUCCUGCGGGUGGAUGAAACUCGUUUAGAGGAAAACCACAAACGUCUCGAAGGAAACCUUCAUGGGUGCAGCAAAAUGUGCAGGAAGGUAUAAUUCCAAACCGUAAUGACAGCUUUCUAAAUAAAAACAA